UCCUAGGUUACUUAAAUGCAGCACGGUCGAGUCGUACUGGUAGGCUGCUGCUAUACUUCAACUCUUCGUCGUCCUCUUCAUCACGCUCAACCGGACCGCACGGCACCAUGUCAGACAGCCGCUCUGGUCUCGUGUACCUUAUCACCGGGGGCUGCGGCUUCCUGGGCCGCCACCUCCUACGUGUUCUGCUGGACCAGGAGGAAGACCCCUUGGCGGAGGUUCGAAUUUUCGACAAGUAUACCGAACUUGGACUCAGCGAGCUCGGAACCGGGCGUACCAAGGUGACAGUCAUCCAGGGAGACAUCACGGAUUACGACAGCGUGCUGGCGGCGUCCCAGGGCGCCCACGUCGUCAUCCACACCGCUAGCCUGGUGGACGUCUGGCACAAGGUCCCAGAAGCUCUCAUCUACGCUGUCAAUGUCACAGGGACCGAGAAUGUGAUUAAAGCGUGUGUGAACAACAACGUCUGCUGUCUGCUGUACACCAGCAGCAUGGAGGUGAUCGGGCCCAACAUGAACAGGCAGCCCUUUGUCAGGGGUAAUGAAGACACACCCUACGAAGUGAAGCACACCAUGGCCUACCCCAAGAGCAAGGCCAAGGCCGAAAAGAUUGUCCUGGAAGCCAAUGGAACAAAGGUGCGGAAUGGCGAGCGUUUGCGCACGUGCUCUUUGAGGCCGACCGGCAUUUACGGCGAGGGACACGAGCUCAUCAAAGACUUCUACAAGUUGGCGGUCAAAAGGGGAGGCCUGAUCAUUGGCGGCGUCCCCGACACCACUGAACACGGGCGAGUCUACGUCGGCAAUGUGGCGUGGAUGCACGUGUUGGCCGCCCGGGCCCUCCGCGAGUGUCCGGAAGCUGUGGGUGGCGAGGCCUUCUUCUGCUACGACGACUCGCCCUACAAGAGCUACGAGGACUUCAACAUGCUCUUCCUGUCUACCUUCAAGUUCCGGCGCGUGCGCAUGCCGAUGCAGUUGCUGUGGUUCCUGGCCAUGCUCAACGACAUGCUACGCUGGAUCUUGACACCCUUCUGCAACUUUGCACCCCUCUUGAACAGCUACACCCUGGCCGUGGCCAUCACGUCCUUCACCGUGAGCACGGACAAAGCGCUGCGCCACUUCCAGUACCGCCCUCUGUAUAAUUGGGACCAAUGUCGGGAGCGCACCCAGAGAUGGGUGGACACCUUCCCUCUGGAGAACCCGAAAAAUACCUGAUGGGGCUUUUGUAUCCUCACUCGCGUACUGCGACAUACAUGCACGUUCUUUUGUUAUUGUUAUGUCACAAAAUAUAUUUUGAAAUAAUUCUAGCUUUAAUUCCGUUAUUAUUGAAAACGGGGGUGGGGACCCUGCAGUAUUCCCCGCCAGAGUUAUCUGAAAAACAAAUAAAACCUCAGAUUAACUGUAAAGAAAAAAAAAAAGGAGCGGCACUCCUGAUUUCUAGCACAUUUCCACCACUGAACUUUAGUAUUAUUAUUUCGGUAGUAUUAUGGCCAGGCGGCCCGGUAGUCCAGUGGUUAGCACGUCGGCUUCACAGUGCAGAGGUACCGGGUUCGAUUCCAGCUCCGGCCUCCCUGUGUGGAGUUUGCAUGUUCUCCCCGGGCCUGCGUGGGUUUUCUCCGGGUGCUCCGGUUUCCUCCCACAUUCCAAAAACAUGCGUGGCAGGCUGAUUGAACACUCUAAAUUGUCCCUAGGUGUGAGUGUGAGUGCGAAUGGUUGUUCGUUUCCAUGUGCCCUGCGAUUGGCUGGCAACCGAUUCAGGGUGUCCCCCGCCUACUGCCCGGAGACAGCUGGGAUAGGCUCCAGCACCCCCCGCGACCCUAGUGAGGAUCAAGCGGCUCGGAAGAUGAAUGAAUGAAUGAGUAUUAUGGCCAUGUGACGGAGUAGCUGCCCAUCCACAAGGCGGUGAUGAUGGUACAACGCCACUAUAUGAAAAUAGUCACCUUUAAAGAGUCAACACUAAAUGCCUGGAGAGUAUUCCAAUAAAGUUGGAUGACAGUUACACGUCAGCUGGUUUUCCACGUCAGUGAUCAGACGAUUGUUGUAUUUUGAAGAUCAAUGAUUUUAUUGUAUUGUUAGAAUCCAGUAUGGCAAAUGUAAAUGCCAUGUACAAGCAUGAGCCACAUGCGUUCGUGUGAGAUUAAUGUACUGUUUGCACUGUAUAAUUUAAGUAAUUAUAUUUUUCUCUAAUAACAGUAUGAAUUUUUAAAUAUAUCAAAUAAAGAUCAUUUUUAUAUAUUUUAA